CCUCGUUGUUGAUGUUUGUUGUUGUUCCGAGACAGACACACAGUGGAGGGAAGCUGAAAGCCGCCUGUGACUGAGUGCCCUGUGUGUCCCUGCCCGCCCCUGACGCCCAUACCGCCCCUCCCUGCUGCUGCCGCCCCUGCCCGCCCCAGAAGAGUGUGAGAGAGCGCGGGAGAGCAGUGAGAGCACCGCCGCCAUGAACAAGAGGAAGGCCAAGCCGCUCAUUGACUCGGAUAGCGAUGAGGAAGGCCAGAGCGGAUCCGGAUCAGGCUCAGACAUUGAUUCGGAGUUACUGGCGCUGGCGAAGAAAAAGAAGAAGCGAUCCAACAGUGAGUCGUCUGGCGGGUCGUCUCCGAGGCAGAAGCCGUCCGCUGUCCGCUCGAAGGUGGCCACGGACAGUGACUCGGAGACCAGCGACUCUGACUCAGACUGGGGCGCCUCCAGAGGGAAAAAGAAAAAGAUGACGAAGACAGCCAGCAAGAACAAAGGCAAGACCACCGGCACCUCCCAGGACAGUGACUCAGAGGGCACCAGAGCAGCACGGGCCAGCGCAUCUGAACCAGAGGAAGGUGAAGUCUCGGACACAAACAGCAGCGACUCGGAUGUUGACCUGAACGAGGAGUUUGAUGAUGGCCUGGACGAGAACAUGAUAGGAGAUGAGGAGGACCGGGCGCGACUCGAACAGAUGACGGAGAAGGAGCGAGAGCAGGAGAUUUACAACAGGAUAGAGAAGAGAGAGGUCAUGAGGACACGCUUUGAAAUUGAGAAGAAACUGAAGCUGGCCAAGAAAAAGGAACAGAAGAAGAGGAAAGAAAAGGAAGGAGACAAGCCAAAGGAGAAGAGGCAGCCUGUACUAACAAACAGAACCAAGACGUUAGAGGAGCGAGCUGGCCGGAAUGAUAAGUUUGCAGCACUGAAAGCCAAGAGAGUCAAUAAAAUACAGAAAGCGGAAGAGGAGAGACAGAAGAAGGAACGUGAAGCGGAAGAGAAGAGGAGGAGGAAAGAGGAACGAGAGAAAUCGAUGGACUCUGAUUCAAAUGUAGAAGAUGGAAAGAGUAAAAAACUGAAGGCAUCAGAUGUGUACAGCUCAGAUGACAGUGGAUCAGAGAGUGACAAGUCAACUAAAUCUGACAAAUCGACCAAGAGAAGAUCCUCCUCUUCCUCCUCGUCUUCCUCCUCAGAUGGUGACAGUGAUUCUGGCAGCCCCUGUGUGGAGGAGGCCACUGCCAAACCCAGCAGGGCAAGAUUUGCUGCAAAGCUUCCAAAGAGCCACGGGAAAGAAACCAAUACUAAGAUGACCAAGAAGGCCGAGUCAAAAAAAUUGCCUUCUUCCACUUCUUCUUGCGCUUCCCCCUCCUCUUCCUCUUCUUCAUGUUUUAGUGAUUCAAGUGACAGCAAUGUGUCACCUAAGAAGACCAGAACUGACAGGUCUAAAGACAGCCACCGCUCAAGGGAAUCCAGACCCAAGUUUGUGACGUGUCGAGAGGACCUGGAGAAGAUCCGACUCUCUCGCCACAAGAUGGAGCGUUUUGUCCACCUGCCAAUAUUCUCUAAGGCCAUCAUCGGCUGCUUUGUCAGGAUAGGCAUCGGCAGCAACCAGGGGCGGCCCGUGUACAGGGUUGCAGAGAUAACAGCAGUGUGUGAGACAGCAAAGAUCUACCAGUUGGGCAACACAAGAACAAAUAAAGGACUGAGGCUGAAACACGGGUCACAAGAGAGAGUGUUCCGGCUGGAGUUUGUAAGCAACAGUCCGUUCCAAGAGUCAGAGUACAACAAGUGGGUGGAGGACUGCGGCUCAUGGCAUGAGCUGCCCUCCAUGAUACACGUGGACCAGAAACAGAAGGAUAUCCACGACCUCCUCUACUACCAGUUCAGCAGUGAGGACAUAGACAAGAUGGUAGAAGAGAAGGCUCGGUUCAACCACAACCCAACCAACUUUGCUGUGGCCAAGACGUUACUCAUGAAGGAGAAGGACAUCGCUGCUCAGAAGGGAGAUGAUGAGUCUGUGGAGAAAUUGAGAGAGAAAAUUGCAGAUCUUGAUGAGAAAGCGAACAGUCUUGACAAGCGCAGGACUCAAACCAUCGCCGCCAUCUCCUACAUCAAUGAACGCAACCGCAAAAACAAUGUAGAGAAAGCAGAGAAGGCAAUUAUGGCGGAGAUUGAAGCGAAGAAAGGAACAAAAGUUGAGGAUCCAUUCACCCGGCGGUCGACUCGGCCCACCAUGGUCACCCGGACCAGGGAACCCGACAUCCAGUCCUCGGAGAUGCUCAUCAAGGUGGAGAUGGAACGGAAAAUGAAGCAAGAAGAAGAGAAGAGAAGAAAGGAAGAGGAGCUCAACAGAAAGAAGCAGGAUGAAGAAAAGAAGAAAGACGAAGAGCGGAAGAGAAUACAAGCGGAAGAUUUAUUUGCUGCUCACGAUUUUGAUGUCAAGAUCGAUUUGGAUGUAACAAUUCCUGGUAAUGCCUCAGCUCCAGUUGGUCCCAGACAAAACUUGGGGAGUGCAACAAACGGCAGUUCAGUGAGUGCCGCUCCCAAGAGAUCGCUAAAUCUUGAAGAGUACAAGAAGAAGAAAGGUUUAAUAUGAAUAACUGCAGCUUAGGUCGAUCAAAUCUAGUGACAAUUACAAGUGAAGAAUGACUCCUACACAUGCCUACAAUCUCACACACACACACACACACACACACACACACACACACACACACACACACACACACACACACACACACUUAUUCCUUUAUCAACAACAUUAAUUGUAAUUUUCAGCAUAAGAAAAAGUAACAUGGAUACUUUAUUCCAAAUGCCAGACUGAAUUAAUUUUCAUCAAUUUCAACUCCAAUUUUUCUUUAUUAAUAUUGUUUAUUUCUGUUAUUAUUUUCAAUUUUUAGUCAUUUUUUUUCCUGCAUCUUAGUAAAUUUUCACUCACUCUAGUGGUACAAAUUUCAUAUAAAAACAACCCAUGAAUUUUUUUUUCUCAGUGUGGGGGGAAGAGAACGUGAAGCCCUACCAGUGUGUAUUGUACAGUACUUGUCUGGGAGGAUAAUAACGAUGAUGUGAUGAGUGUACAAUUAAUUCCGUACCGCCUGCUGAUGUUAUGAUUUUGAUGUUGCAGAAAGGGUAAACAUGAUAAUAAUAUGCAAAUUUUUCACACAUUUUCACGAUGGUGGGAAGUUUUCAAGUGUGAAGAAGUUAGUAGAAGUGAGAAGGAGUGUGUAGAUCAGUAGUUGCGUUUGAGUAGUGCCGCUGCUACUGGCUGUUGGCGUGAGGGAGUGAUAGGUGAAUGUUAAAUUGAAUGGAAAUCAUCAAAUCAUCUCAUUACUUUGAAGAAUAUACUCAUAUUAAGUUUGUUCUGUCAUCUAUACUCGCAGUUAUUACAAGUUAUUUAAUGUACGUAGCUCAAGGUGUGGCUACUGUACCUUUCUUUUAUACUAAUUCAUACCUUUCAUGUACAUUAAUUGCCACAUUCAUAUUAGUAUGUUCAUACUUUGGGGGAGGGUAGACUGGCAAGGAGAGGAGGAGGAGAAAGAGGAGGAGGCAUUUUAUUGACAAUUCUGCUGCAUCUACUUCAUCCAAUAUUGUGGUGUAUGGAACGUGCUGUUGCCAAACCUGAUGCAUGUCAAGGAAUGUUACUGAUGAAAUGACUACACAGUAAUACAACGUUCUGGUGAAUGUUGCUAGAAAUAAAUCUGAAAACUUGUA